AUGUCGAAUUCAUCCUAUGCUUUAAAUCUUGUUGUCGCUGCGCAAGUAUUUGCCAUUUAUUCAACAUAUAUCACUUUUGGUGUUGGUCUUAUUGGAAAUCUUCUAAAUAUUGCUGUAUUUACUAAGAUGAAAAUCUUUCGAGGCAAUCGUUGUAUUUUUUAUUUAAUUGUGGAGUCUAUUGUUGAUAUUGGUCAACUAUGUCAAACUUUUGUCAAUGAAAUUUGGAAAUUUUCAAUUAAUGGAAUUGAACCGGUGACUGUUUCACUUGUCUGUAAUCCAUCAUCAUUUAUCGAGAAUGAAUUUCGAAAAUUCUGUAAUGAAUAUAUAUCUCCUUCAGUAUUUUUACCUUUUAUGGAUAAAGAAGAUCAAUUUUUUCGUAUGUGUGAAAUAAUUAUUGGUCAGGUAACAGCUCGUCAGUCACAAAUAGCAAAGAAUGUAGCAAAAUUUAAGAUACAUGACAAUCCUCAAAAUCAAGAAGAACAAAAACCAGAAGGCCCAACAACGACAAAGAAUCCAAAAUAA